AUGCCGCUCUUUAAAAGUUCUCCCAAGGAGGAGAUACUUCCAUUUGAAAAAGAGCACGCUCAAGAGUACAAGAUGAGCAGCAACAACUACGAGAACAGACUCUUACAGGCCGUCAACGAGGCCCAGCCGUUCGAACAGGCCCACGACCACACCAAGGACAACCGUCGUCCUUCAUACUUAUCCCAGGAGUCCAACAACCUCAAGGACAUCUUUGGCAACACCAUCGCCCAGGGAGACAUCUCCAACCCCACCAGAUCCAGAAACGAACGUCCCUUAGACACCAUCCGCAGUUUCGAGUACGCCAUCACCGGAGACCUCACCUACCGGGACCAGCUCGAGUCGCACCGUUUAGGGUGGGGCUUCCACGAAGACUUUCCCUACUACAACUUGGUCAGUGGCCAGGAGCAGUAUCCACAAAGAGGCGCUGCUGGUGCUGGCUUGGACCGUCCCGUGGCCAAUUUUGGUGAGCAGGCGGUGUACCAGGCCAACAACUACAGCGCUUCGUCGUUGAAGCCUGAGGGCAAGAAGAAGAAGGGGAUGUUUGGAAGAAAAAAGAAGUAG